CGAAAUAUAACUUUUAUCGCCCGUUUUCGGAUCACCAGGCUACAUUUGGCCAACAAUUUGGAAGGACUUCGGUGAAAUAAAAUUUAUCUUUCGGUUCUUUUCUUUUUACUGGAAGAAAUGCCUUUUACGUGCAUUUUUUUUCAAAUUUAAACGUGUGCAGGGUGCCUGGUCUCGUAGGAUCCGACCGCAGGCUUAGUAUCUUAAAAAAAUUACUUAAAAGUUCAAAAUUCGUUGAAAAUCAUAUCGAAAUAAACCCGAAGCUCUCUAGGGACCCUUAUGACUAAUAUUAUGUGAAUUAAAUCUGUGUUCUAUGUAUAAAGCCUGACUUAUUUGAAUCUGAGAUGAGUAAGUAAUUUCAACAUUAAAUCCAUUGCCUGAGCUAUAUUGAAAUCUUUCUUAUCGUAUGCAUUCUAUAUGUGUAUGUAUGAAAUAUCUCUUUAAAUCUGCAAUAUUUGGAAAGCCUAGAGCUUAGACGUGCUGCACGAAAGCUACUCACUCAGAGCUUAUCAAGGUUGUGGAAUCCUCAAAGGUUUGAUAACUUCUAAUAACUUAAAGAAAAAGAAAAAAAAUUAUGUUUUUGCACACUCGCUGUUUCCACAUAUUACUCUUCUUUUCCUACAAAUAGUGAGUUUAUUGCUAUUUUAGGUGCAUCAUUAAUUUUAAUUAGACUAGUCGAUAUUUAAAGGAAAACAUUUUCUGAUAUAAAAUGUGAAACCACAAGUUACUAUAACUAUGUCAUGUCGGUAGAGUAUAUAGUCUCCAAAAAUUGAGAGUUAAAGAAACGUUGCGUCGAAAACGUGAAUACAUUACUUUAGAACACUUUAAUCCUAAGAUGUCUUGAAGUAACCAACGGCUUAGUUGAUUUCACUAAAACUUUGGUUGAUCAACCAAACCAUUAUUGAUAAAAUGACAGAGAAAAAGUAGGUGACCUAAAGGAACCAGAAUUACCAACAUUUUUGGUACAGCCCAAGAUCGAAAACAAACGAACAAAGUGAUCCCUUGCGUAGGAAUAUAAAUAUCUGAAUCAUUUCUGUUGCAGGAUUAACAUCAUCAAUACUAUAAGCUUUUUAACCACUUGCAUUUUCAUUUUGUGUGAAAGUUCGUUCUGUCACUCUACGAGGCCGAUUACCAUUAUAUUUGCGGCUGUCAUCACAUGAUGUUCCCAAUGUGAAUUCGCUCUGUCCAGAUUUGGAAACUUAACUUAGGGGCAGGGUGGCAUGAAACGCAAGAAAGAAAUGAAAGAUUGGACAUUUCAGUAAAAUGUUUCAUGAAAUGUAACGCGGCUGUGAAAUAUUUCAUAUUUUUCAAGAGCUAGAGUAUACAACCCGCACAAAAACACACACAGAAAUAGAAGAAAGUCACAAUUUUUAUAUUUUGAAAAACAUGAAAAGGAACCGGUAUUUUUCAAUAUUAUCUUUUAUUCAUCUUCAUAAAUUUCCGAAAUUUCAUUAAAUAUUUCACUUGAAAUUUCAAGAUUUUAUAUUUCAUGAAACUUUGCCACCCCGCUCAGGGUACCCGAAUUGCAAACCUAAAGGGUUCAAAGUACCUCUGGGAGUUGGGAUGCGUAGCAACCAGGGAGCGUACCCUCUACUUUUCCAUAGUAAACCUCGAUAGAAAUAAGUCUCGAUGCAUGAUUCCAUGCAACCAUGAAACCGCAUCACUAAUGCCAACGUUCUUUUUGCAGCCGGCAAAUUCCGUUUCAUUUUACGAGAAAAAGAAUUUCGGCGGGAAGAGAUGCAACAUACAGGUGAAGGGCUGCCAACCUAUGUGUCAGGAAUUGGACAACAUGGCUUCGUUCACAGAAGGGAACGCGGUCUUUCUAAAAAAAUUGAUUCACACGUGGAUGAAACUGAGAAUUGCCGGUCAAGCCUUCCUUUUUCUCUGGAGACAAACAACCAAUCCAACAGGAUAUUCAAGGCCUGAAAUGUCUCUCCUGCGCGAAAGGUGUACAAUAAUACCAGCAGUCUUCUUCAUUUUUGCCAUGGCAAUCUCACCCGUCUCCUUACAAACUGUAACGCUCUUCAAAGACAAGAACUUUAAACAUCAUCACUGUGACGUCCAGGUCCAAGGGUGCAAACCGGUUUGUGAUGAAUUGAAAAGCCAGGCUUCAUCUCUGCGAGGAAAUGUCGACUGCGCUCACUUUUACCGACGUGAAGGAUGCGCAAACUACAUGGGUACUUGGAACUUGAGCAUGGGACCACUCAAGAACUUUAAGCAUACAGACGCUCAAGACUCAAUCGUCUCUGUCGGGGAUUGUAAACAACCAAUUGGACAGGAGAAUUCCGUCACAUUUUACGAGCAUAAGGACUAUCGCGGGAGGAGUUGCACUAUUCAGGUGAAGGGCUGCCAACCUAUGUGUCAGGAGCUGGUCAAGCGAGCUUCUUCAGCGGAAGGAAACGCCGCUUGCCUCCGGGCGUACAGGGAUACCAACUGUCAGGACUACGCAGGCGAUCUACAUAAUUUGAAGCAGGGCGGCUUCUGGAACUUCAAGGAGACAAGCCUCCAGAAUUACCAGGAUUCUAUUUCCUCCAUCAGUGACUGUUCGAACAGCACCAUCACAUUCUACGAAUUAUAUUAUCGACAUGGAAAGAAUUGCACCAUACGUUUAAACGGCUGCCAACCGAUGUGCCCUGAACUACAUAAUACAGUCAAGUCCGUGUCAGGACUAGUCACUUGCGUCCACAUGUACAAAGGGCCAAACUGUACGGAUUUCAUAGGAACCGUGAAUUCAGCCUAUUUCCGAUUUCAUAAAACAACUUACACCGUAGCUUCCGUCGAGGACUGUGGAGUCAGAGACUCUGAUAAAUCAUUAACUAGACCCUUGAAUCUUCGGCGACCGCUCAACGAUCAUCCGUAGAAACCAUUUCAAAAGAUUAUUUGUCCUCCGAAAUAAGUCCGGUCAUAGUUUAAAGCCGUAAUGCUCUUGCCCUGAACCGUAACAGUUGGGCUCUUCCAACAUUCCUCAUAAACUCUUGUUUACGAAAGUGAGUUUUGAUAAAAACGACAAAUUUGUAAAUGCACUGAAAAAAAAAUUCUCGGCGUUUUUACCAA